UUUUAAUUUUCAUAAAUCUUGUAACAUUGUAGAUUGGUGAAAAAUUGAACACCAAGGACAUCAUAUCUUACAAAUACUUUCAAAAAUUUCAUUUUAUUCAAAUUUCAUGAUUAUAAGAAUAACUAGUAUGGUUUUAAAAAUAACCAAUUCGCAUUCGAGAAGGAAUAUAACUUAGGUAAAAGUUGGACAGUUUUAACUGUAAUUAUUUGGCCAGGAAUUAAUUUUGAAAAGUUGACGUAUGUAAAACAUAUGCAAGUGAUCGAAUAAAUCAGGAACAUAUCAGAACUCAGAACCAGAAUCGAAAAAGUCGAUACGAUAAAUAUUAAUUACGUAACUGAAAUCUGCUAUCUGUACUUGCGAUAUGAUACGAUACAAUACAAUGGCGUAGCAACUAUUUUCUCAAUACAAAUUACACGAUAAACUUGUUAAACUUCUGAUUGUUAACCAUAUUUUACAAAAUAAAAUACCAAUUCAAAGGGAUAAAAACCACGCCGACUUGGUGUAUCGAUGUAACCAUGCGAACAUUAAUUUUGUAAGGGAAAUAGAAAUUACAGAAAUUUUGUUUUUUAACACCUUACAACAUUGCGCGGUAUGCAGACGAUAUAGCAAUAAUCACUCAGAACAGAAAAAUAGAACAAACAGUUAAAAACCUAGAGGAAGAUCUGAAAAAUUUAGGAGAAUUCAUAAAUACAAGGAAAUUAGAAAUUUCAAAAGAAAAAUCUAAAAUACUGUUUUUUUGAAAAACAAUCUAAUGAUAAUAAAAUCAAAGCGGAAAAAGACAAUGAGAUCAUUUUGACGAAGUGGAAAAGAAAAUCAAGAAAAGGCUGAACAUAAUCAGAUUUCUGUGUCAUGGAGAAAAAGGAAUUCUACAGAACCAAGCAUUGAUGAUGGCUAGAGCCUUAUUAACAUCAGUCAUAGAAUACGGCGCAGCAGUCUACAUGAAUGGAUGCAAGCAAGAAAGAAUCAGAAAAAUAGAAACAAAGGCUAUCAGGGCAGCAAUAGGAUAUCGAAUGACAACACCCCUUAACGUAAUAUAUACCGAAGGAGGAUGGACAGGGAUCGAUUAUUUAGCCAGUAAAUACUGGAUUACGCAGAUGAAAAAAGACACAGAAGGAGUAAACUAAACAUCGCAACCACUGUUUCAGAAGAAGCAUUUUAAAGAAAGUGGUAAAGGAAAGACGAAUUACUUGUUAGAAACUGUAUGGGAGAAAGAAUAGAAAACAAACUAAUCUUCUAUCAAAAGACGGGGAGAUUAUUUCCACAAGACUCGAUUCCGAAAUCACGGAUUAUAGACAUAUUUAGACAUAUUCAUGAAAUACAAGAAGCAAAUACUGUGAUAAUAUAUUCGGAUGGAAGUAAGAUUCCCACUUCACAAUCUAACAGAAUAGGAUUAGUUGUAGUUAAAAAUGGAGAAAGAACAAUAGAAGGAAUAGCAAUAUCAGCAUUGCAAAAUAUUAAUGAGAAUUUCAAAGAAAUCGUUGACAAUCCAUGGACAUACAAAACGUGGAAGUUAGCAAAUAGGAAAAACACUAGAAAAUUAAUAAUAGGACGGAUUCCGAGGCACAUUAAUAUCAUAGGAAACGAACUAGCAGAGCAAAAAGCAAAAAGGCAAACUGAAAGGGUCCAUGAUACACAAUACAAAGUCCCAGCAAAAGAUAUUUUAGUAGAUCUAAAAGAAGAAUUUUGGAAUAAGUUCAAAGAAAAGGGAAUGGAAAUAGGAAGAGAGAAGGAAGCUCUCUUUAUGAGAGAAAUAGGACCAAAUCACAAGAGAGCAAGAUAUAAACCUUGGUUUAUAAAAUACAAAAAUAAAUUAGACAGAUCAACAGUAAGGAUGAUUUCAAGGAUCAGGUGUAAUCACUAUAAUCUAAGAGCAUCGCUUGCAUGGAAAGGGAUAGUGGAAGAUUCAACUUGUCCAUGUGGCCAGGAAGAUGAAGACAUAGACCACGUCUUAUUUGAAUGUGGUUUGUACAAUGUUGAACGAAACAUAAUGUAGACAAAACUUCAAAAAGAAAUUGAGAAAGUAGAGGUCAGCAAUCGAGUUAAUAAAAUUACAUAAGGUUAAAGUAUAUAAAACCUUGAACACAUUUUUAAAAGAUAUCAACAAGAUAUUACAAGAAGAACCAACAAAUGGAAAAGGAAGAGUAUCAGAUAAUCAAAAAAAAAGCAAGAAACUGCCAAGCAAUAUAAAGGAAACAUGAUAGAUAUAUAUUGAGUUAGAAGGAGAAAAACAAUAUUUUGUUAAGCAAGAACACUUGAGAAACCAAAACUUAAAAGUAUAAGAAAAGUUCCCAUCAAGAAAAAAAAAAACGAGUAGGAUAAGCUACAUAAAGUAUUAUAUAUGUACAUUUAAAAUAAAUUUGAUUUAUAAAUUUAAAACAAAAAGAGAGCUCAUUAUGAAGACUGAGGAUUAUUAGGUUGUAAGGAAAAAGUAUAUAUCUUAAAAAGUACUAUUUUUGUUUGUUAUACAAGAAAACAUAUAUAUAAUAUACGAGUUACAGUUCCUACAUAAAGUUUAUUAGCAAAGUAUAGGAAAGAGUAUGACAACCUCGACUUACAAAUUAAAAAGUUGUUUGUUUUUGUUUUCAUUAUUGCGGUUAGUCAUAAGAAGGAUAAUAAUUAUAAAAUCAGCCAGUGAGGAUAGAGAUUAAGAAGCAUUUAUGUAAAACGUUUAGAAGAGACAAUGUAAAAAGAGAGCAGCACAUAAUAGUGCGAAGUACUUCUAAGAAUGUACGCACUUUAAUCUAAUAAACAAACAAACAACAUUACGCGCCAUCUUUUGCCAAAUAGGGUUAGAGUCAUAAUAAAGAAAGUAUAUAAAUAACCUCGGAGUUCAUAAAACGUAUUUAUGUUACACGCAUAACUUAAGUAGCACAUUGAUUAAUUGAACGCAUUGUGUUCACUUUUAUCAGUUGACAAAUUUACCAAUCUGACAAAUUUCAUCGCCAUUACAUUUCGUGUUGAUGGCAUGAAACACUCCAGUCAAAUCUCAGCUGCUUCCUAGCCAAACAAUCGAACAGUACUCUAUCCUGUCAUGUCAUCUGUCAAAACUACCACCCAGGAUGUGGACUACAGUGUUGACAUUGGAGGUAUGCGAAUUAAAUAUAAGGAUAAAAGUGAAACUUUUACCGAAGACCGCCUCGAAAGUAAAGAACCUAUCAGUCAAUUCAAAGCAUGGUUCGAUGAAGUCCGUAACAUUCCGCAAAUUUUCGAACCGAACGCUAUGUUCCUGGCAACAGCUACUAAAAAUGGAAUUCCUUCGGUACGAGCUGUUUUGCUCAAAAGUUUUGGCACAGAUGGAUUCAAAUUUUAUACGAAUUACGAAAGCAGGAAGGCUCGCGAAUUGGAUGAGAAUCCUAAUGCAGCGCUAACUUUUUACUGGGAACCUCUAAAUCGAAGUGUACGCAUAGAAGGCAAAGUGGAGAAAACGUCAGUAGAAGAUUCAGACCGUUAUUUUCAAAGCCGACCAUACUCGAAUCAGAUAGGAUCUAUGGCCAGUAAACAAAGUGCUAUAAUAUCAAGUAGACAAACACUCAUUGUAAGAGAAAGGGAAUUGACAGCUCAAUUUCCGGAAGGACAAGUUAAAAGGCCAGAUUGUUGGGGUGGUUAUAACGUCAUUCCACAUUCUGUGGAAUUUUGGCAAGGCCAAAGCGAUCGUUUACAUGACAGAAUACGUUUUAGACGGCCUAAACCUAAUGAAAAAGUUGAUAACAUUCUCAUCCAUCAAGGAGACAACGGAUGGAUUUAUGAAAGAUUAUCUCCAUAGAUAUUAAUAAACAGUCAGAAUUAUUUAUCCUACACAAAUAAAAAGGCAUAAUAUGUAUUUGUCAGAUACAUAAGAAAUAUGGGCAGGUAUGGGUUAGAUCUACAAACAUUGUUUCUUCGAAAUUUUUAGUAUUUCUCGUUGUAAUCCUGAAAUAUAAAUAUAUACAAUUGUUGUUUGUUCUAAACAAUGUUAGAAUAUAUGUUUACAACAUGUACAAAAGAGACUAAGACCACUGACAAUGGAAGAUCGCGAUCCGGACGAGCGCUUUUUGAACGAGACCGGGCUCAAAUGAUGGGGGCUGAUGGGCAAAAAAGAGUGCAAAACAUUAGAGGUAUCUGGCCAGCCAUUUUUAUAAAAAAUGGCUUUAAACAUUUACAGGUCACUAGAUAUACGAAAACAUUCAAAUUCUUAGCAGAAGCUGUUGUAGCUGCGAGCGUUACGCCGCAGGUUCAUAUUCUAAAGUUCGUGGGUACAAGACUCUCAGUAAUAGAAAAUUUUUUUUGUCUACUUCUUUAUUUCUAUUUCUUAUUCCUUUUUUUACUUACUGCUAUAUAAAUAAUAUAUAAGAAUUAUAAAGUAUAGGAUGUUGACUACAAUUUUUAAUAAUACGUUUUUUAUUAAUAAUAAUAUUAAUAAUAAUAAUAAUAUUGAUAAUAAUUUAUUAAUGAUAAAUACGCCACAUCCCAUACAUGGGAUGAUUACUACUAUUGUAUUAUGUAUUGCAUGUACACAUUAUAAUAUUAUGUUCACAUCUAUAUUAUUUGCAAUUUCUGCGCACAUAUAUAUUCAGUAGCCAAAUACAUCAUUAUUAAAAAACGAAUUUUAUUUUAAUAAACGCUUUAUCCACACUUAUUAUUCAUAAAAAAUAAGUUAAUUAAUAAAAAACGUGUUAUUACAAAUUGUAGCAACAUCCUAUACUUUAUAAUUCUUAUACAUUAUUUAUAUAGCAGUGAGUAUUAUAAUUCUUAAAUAUUAUUUAUGUAGCAGUGAGUAAAAAAAGGAAUAAGAAAUAGAAAUGCAGUUGGAAAAAAAAAAUUUCCAUUGCAGAGUCUCCAACCCACAACCUUUAGAACAUGAACCUGCGGCGUAACGCUCGCAGCUACAACAG